CCCAGACUGACGAUAACAUCAACAUGCGUGCCUAUUACUUCGAUAAUAUUUCAGGCGACCAGCGGCUCCCACACGAUUCCGGAAACCCUGUGUCAGAUGAGAUCCUAAAAUCUAUUGGAGUACUACACUGGCACAUCCCGACCAGCCAACAGAAUCUGAUCGACGAUGUUGCAGAGGAAAGAAGCUACAAGAACAGAGACACUAUCACAAUCACCAAGCAGGGCCUUGGAGAUCUGUACGAGGCCAAGUUAAAGAACUUCUAUCAAGAGCACAUGCAUGAAGAUGAGGAGAUAAGAUAUAUUCUCGAGGGCAGCGGCUUUUUCGAUGUUCGAGAACAUCCAUCAGAAUCAUGGAUUCGGUGUCAGGUAGACACGGGCGAUCUCUUGGUUCUUCCUGCUGGCAUCUACCAUCGAUUCACUCUUGACGAGAAUAACAUGAUCAAAGCUUUGCGUCUCUUCAAGGAUGAGCCCAAGUGGACUCCUCUCAACCGCGGCGGCUUAACAGAUGUGAACCCUUACCGUGUCGAUUAUUUGCAGAGUCUAGCUGUCAACUGAUUGAGGUGGGUAAGACGCCCAGUCCUUCCCAUAAGGAUGUGCCCGAGGGGAUAUACCAGGAGUGUAUGUAAAGGAGAAUCAUGUAACAUUACGAAUGGGGGUAUCAUCGUCAUUGCUGAGAAUCUGCCCGAAGGCACACCUACCUGCUGACAAACGCGUCA